AAAAUGAAUGCCCCAAACUGUGGCUAUGAAGGGUGAAAUGCCCAAUCUGUGUACUACAUUAAAGCCAAAAAACUCUAUGCUUGCACUAUUCAUCGAAACGAGACUUUUUCAUGAUAUGAAGGCAUAGUUCUGGUUAACCCUGACCAGGUCAUGAUGACACUCAAUAUUCUUGAUACUUCAAGAAAGCGGUUUCAUCUUGCAGCUAAGCAAGAGGCUUAUCAUCUUCCUGAGGAUGAUUGAGUGGCUCUCAGUGAACAUCUCUGGGAGAAAAUAGAAGCUUUGGUAGCUGCUCAUGACCAGUACUGAAGAAAGAGAGAAUAUUAUAAGUUUGUUGAACUUUUAAGCAAGGCAAAGAAAUUAGCCAAGAGAUUUAGAGAAAACCCAUUGUUCAUCAAAACUUUACUUGCAAAGGAUAGAGCAGAGAGCAGAGCUAUCCUAGAAGGCGAUAAAGACCCUGAAUUGGUAUACCACGAGAGAAAACUUAAGGACAAUGCUCGAUUCUUUCAGGUUGUCCAGAAAUUGAAAGAACAAAGAAGAAACCUUACUCAGAAGUAUCAGAAUGAUAUCGUACAUCUUCAGAAAACUCUUGCUGUAAGGGACGCUGAAAUUGCUGACCUUAGAGAUUUCAUUAGUAGGCAGGAGCAUCAGCUCACUAAGAAGCAUGAGCAAGAUCAGUCUCAACUCCUGCUAAAACAAGAAGAACAGAAAUUUAGAAUAAGGGAAUGUAUUGAAGGGGAUUCGACCAACAAUCAGAAUUCUGGUAUUUUGCAGGGAGUUGUCAAGAUUCAUCAACAUUUCUAUGAUCAUAAAGUAGAGGAUAUUUCUGACAAUCCUCCAAGGUUUGGACAUGGAGAGAAGAAGGCCUUCAGAGGAGUUGUAGGCCCCUUUCCAGUUAUCCACUCAGCGUAUGAGGAGAGUAAGGAUGAUAUAGAGGAAAAUCCUAUUUCAAAUGUGAACAACAAUUAUUUUGAGCAUUUGAAUAAGAAAUAUUACUCAUAUGAGGACCUGGAAGCCCUUCAAUUACCUCUUUUUCAUGCUGAAGAGGCUUAUGGAGAGUUUAUGAGUAUCGAGUUCGACUUCAGCACUCCAGAAAGUAAUAAAUUGCUGGAAAAUAUUGAGAAAACUCUCCCUGACCUUUUCAGUGUGAAGUUCAAGUCAAUAUCUCUUGUGACUAAUCCUGAAGCAUUUAAGACCUUCUGAACUUAUUUUUUCCCAGACCAAGUUGAACACCUCACUUUCCGCCUUGAUUACCGCAGUAUCAGUCAGCUUGAUAAGUACUUCAACAUCUUUAUUGAGCUUUGCCAGAAGGUAAAGGUCCAAGUAGAGAUUUCAGAGUGUUGUAUAAGCCAGAAACAACUAGAGCGAAUAAUCUGUGCCAACAAGUCAAAGAUGUGCUUGAAGAUUACAGACUGCUAUAUCUCAGUGGAGAAUGUUCACUAUUUCUUAGAUGCACUUGAAGGAGCAACCUUGGGUCAUCUAGAUCUCACCAAUAGUGGCAAAAACACUAUAUUUGGAUCAUUAACAUCUUUGGAGGAUUACUUCUUAAAUUUAGUGAUUAGUCUCUCCAAGUCAGAUGAUUUUAGGAAUAAUUUAAGUAAAGUUACUGUUACUGGUACAGGAAUGACAGACAUCAUUGCCCAACACAUUUUGGACAUGCAUGGAUUUAAGAAUGCCAAAGUUGGCUAAUAAGAUACUUCUGGA